AUGAUUGUUCCAUAUGUUUCACCAUCAAUGAGACUAUUUGUAUUGAAAACCAACAUGUUUAGACAGUAUCAGUUAAUAUAUAAAAGGCUAAUGGCAACUAAAUUUCCUGAUGAUGCUUGUCGGGAAGCUUUUAUUAAAGCUGCUAUCUGUAAAAAGGAAGCAACUAGACUUGAUCAUUAUGAAGAAUGCAGAAUGUGCCUACCUGUUCAAGAAAAGGAUGUAACUGUUCCAGAUGAAAUAGCUGAUCUAACUCCUAUUUCUGGAGUUCCAUCAGAGGCUCUUCAAAAGAACAUAGCAAUAAUUCAGAAACCUGCAAAAAAUGCCAUGCAGCAAGGAACAGCCAAUACAAAGGGCUUUAUUAUGAAGUAUCCAAACGAUGUUACAUGGGAAAAUCCUCUAAUGGGUUGGAUAUCAGGGGCCAAUUCCCUCAAAGAUGUUGAAAUAAGAUUUCCAACCAAAGAAAGUGCUGCAUAUUUUGCCAAAAAAAAUGGAUGGAAACUGUUUAUUCCUAAAGAAACUCCUAAAAAAAGAGUAAAAAGAGGUUAUGGUGAAAAUUUCGCAUGGAACAAACGUACAAGAGUGUCCACAAAAUGA